AUGGUACGAGGCCAUCCAGCAUUGCAGGGAUUUCAGAGUCUCCUACGAAAACGACAGGUGCUGGUGGUUUUCCUUACGCGUGUGGCUUUUUUUCCCAUUGCAGUCAAGAAUUAUGGACUUAGUGUACUUGACGUUACCUUCCACGUGUAUUUUGCGGCGGCAUUAUUAACAGGACUCCCGUUCUCAGCUAUUUGGGUUUACUCAGGGCACGCAGUUGAGAAUUUCACGGUGCUCUUGGCCACUCCAACGGCCUCAAGACACCGCACCGAGAUGGUCUUGUUGCUUGUGGGAGUGGGCAGUGCCUUGCUACUACUAGCCGUGGUGGGGUUGUACACCCGCAAGUACGUGCUAGGACUUGCGGAGAAGGAAAACGAGACAGGAAUUGCAACAGCGGCGCCCACAACAUCGGGCGUUUCCAAGAUAGACGGAUUCACGUCCUUUGCUGCGGUUGCAGCCACGACGAGAGAGCAGAAGUCGUGUUAG